CCAAUGUGACUGAUUUGCAGCCAUUCAUCCAUUACCAGUGUUUGAAAAGCACGAGAAAAGGGCUAAUUAAAAGAAAACGAAAGAAGGAGCCCACUGUAGAACAAUGAUGCGUCAAUAAUACCACGUCCUCGUCACCCUCUAAACUUUCUUAGUUCCACAACUAGUGGUAGUAAUCAUAUCGCAACAAAGAUCAACCCACUUUUAUUAUUAUCUCAUUAUAAUUUGUAAUGAUGGUUAACAAAAGCAAAUGGUAAUAAUCUAGAUUAAUCUUCUGUCUAAGCCAUCAUUACCCUAGUGGGACCAAAUGCAUUAUUUUCCUUUUCCCCUACCUAGUUAAGAUUUUUAUGUUGCUCUCUUUGCCUCUGCUCUGACUUCAGCUACUACCUACUACACCAAAGUUCAUUGCUUCCAUUUUAUUCUCUCUUGUCUAUAAGCUUAUAUAACUAUUUGCAAGCAAAGAAAUUAACUACUAGGAAAAUAACCAUGAAAGGAAUUGAUUUGUUAUGUUCUCCCUCAGCUUCCACAGCUGUUACUUCUAGCAUGCACCAUCGUUCUACGGCGCGUGGAAGAACAAAAAGCUACGACCAUGACGGAAGGAAAAGCCAACUCUGUGUACCUUGUUCAUCCCAAUUGCCCUUAACUCCUAAGCCUCAGUCGGAGAAGCACAGAAAGAGCUCGGCUGAUAAGGGUAACAGUGACACGCGUAGAAAAAGUUCUGUUGAUGUUAAUGACCUAUAUACUCAUGCCAGUGCUGAGCGUUCAUCCAGAAGAUAUCUCCUAGCUGACGCGCCAUUCUUUGAGUGGGUAUCAGAGUCUAAUAAAUUCACACAAAUGGUUCCUUCUCAACAUGAUGUCGAAGACAAGUCCAUGGUUAUCAAAAGAAACCAUGCUCCUACUCUUCGCUCCUCUUCUUCAGCUCGCUCCAAGGACCAGGUCGUGGUUUUGAGGGUGUCGUUGCAUUGCAAGGCCUGCGAAGGAAAAGUUAGAAAACAUAUUUCAAAAAUGGAAGGAGUGACAUCAUUCAGCAUAGAAAUGGAGACAAAGAAAGUGACGAUAAUCGGAGACGUGACACCACUGGGGGUACUGGCGAGUGUAUCCAAGGUGAAGAAUGCACAACUUUGGCCAUCUCUCUAGACUUGAAUCUGAUACACCUUUGGGGUGUGCGUGUUUGUAUGAUUAGAAUUUGGAUAACUUGUGAAGCACUCGAAAGAGUGUUGUAAAUGAACAUUUUUCCUUUAGUUGUUUAGUCAUUGUGGUGAGUGAAGUGGUACAACUGACAAUUCUUAAUUGGUCAUCUGGUGUGUUUCACGACCAAAUGUUUACUCUUCCGCCUAAAUCAAAACACAGACCUGCUUAGGAGACAACGUCUGGCAAACUUUUGAAAGAAGAAAAGGGUAACGUGUAUAGCUUUAAAAUGUAGCCGUGCGCCUAAGACCCACAUUAUCUUGUUCCUGCUUGUGGGGUUAAGUAGUAUAUAAAAAUGAAGUAAGUAUGUGUUGGUAGAAAGUAAAGAAAUUGAAAAUAAGUGUGAUUGCAAACCAUUUUGAAGCUUAACAAGCUCAUUCAUUGUAUAACGAGAGAAGGACAUAUGAGAAAUCUUGAGGCUAAGCACUUGAAAAGCAAUAAUGGGUAUACGUUUGUCCAAGCACUUGGAAUGCACUUUGUUGGGGACACAAGUAACAGGGUAAUGCAUGCCAGACAGUGGUUGCAGAGAGCACUUAAGACCAGCCUGGUCUGUUUGGAAGCAUUCUCUUCGGAAAACUAAUGGUUCUAAGGUUUUCUUUUUGAGCUUCUGAAAGCACUUGGAGUUGGUUAAUGUGACAUGAUGCAGGUCCCAUUGUUGAAGUGUUCGGUUUGCUUUUGUUGUUUUUGUGAACAUUGUACAUUCUACAUUCCCUACAAGUAACCUAAUCAUGAGAGCAUAGUUCACUUUUAUGGUUGCCUA